AUGGCUCUCGAAAAAAUGAAUGAGACGCUGCUGAAAAAAGCCAUGACCGCAAUGGGCUGGAAUAUCUCAUCGAAGGUUCCGAUGGCCAAUGAAGAAAAUCGAAGCAUCUUAGAAGAGAUUUGGGAAUUAUCUAAAUCAAAAGAUGACGUCAUCGAUAAAGAUCAAAACAUUUCGGAACGUUAUGAGAAAUUGCAACAACAUGCAAAAAAUGCCGAAAUGACAAUCAAUCAUAAUUUGAAAUUAUUGGAAGCCUAUCAAAGAGAGACCCGUACGGAAGCUCAUCUCUAUAAAUUAGCACAACGCACGCAUUCCAAGUUGAAAGAGGAUUUAAAGAGCGUCUCGAAAGAAUGGAAUAAUUAUAAAAAUUUUGUCGACACCACCGAAAAGGAAAUGUGUAAACGAAAGCAUAACAUUGAUGAUGCAACUAAUCGCAUUAAAUGGGCGAAAACGGCACUUAUCGAAUGGCGUCAAGCAAUGGAGGAUGGCAAUCGUGGUUAUCAAUUAAUUGAUAUGUAUUAUAAGGAUGAUCAGAAACAAGCUAAAUUGCAAAAUCAAAGGCGUCAAAAAAUAACCAGCGAAAUGGAAGUCUGUCGGAAUAAAUUAAUCAAUUUAUAUAAUGAGCAAAAAACGUUAGAAUGCAAUCUCGAGUGCACAGCGAAUUUAUACCGAACCGCACACUCGGAACGACGACAAAUGGUUAACAUUUGGAAAUUGGCGGUUACUCAAAUGGUUCAACGUGAAAAAAAUAUACGUCAUAUCGAAAUAAAAUUGCUCGAAAAGCGUGAACUAGCCGCAGAGAAAGGUCGAGAGCUGAAAUCGAGCGAAGAUCGUUUAAAUGGAAUCAUUGCAAAUAAUCGUACAGUUGAAAUGAAUAUUGAGGAAUUGAAUACCGAAGCUUCACAGAUUAAAGAGCAAAUACAAAUGUUGUCGGAUAUGGUGAUUUUGAAAACGAAUGAGGUGGAUAUCUUGCAAAAAGAAUUGCAAGGUUUAGCUCAUCGUGUUGAGCAGCAACGCAUUGAGAAUCGUCGUAAUAUACAAUUGCAAACUGAUCGGUUAACGCAAAUAAAAGAACUUAAUGGAUUGGUAGAGACGUUAACUAAAAGGUUGAAGGAUAAACAAAAUCAAAAUUUAUCGGCUGCACAACGUUUGCAACAGUUGGAAGAUUUAAUGGAUGCGGAAGAGAAAAUAGCAAAUCAAGUUGGUAAAGAAAACGAACGAAUUAAUGGCAUUUCGUAUCGUGGUAUGUUGCAACUGAAAACUUUCCAGGAUGACGCGCAAACAUUAUUGACGGCUGCUGAUGCUUACCGCAGCGGAGCGGUGGCCAUGAAGCGGAAUAUCGAUAAUUAUGAAAAACAAUUGAAACAUCAGACCCAAGUCCAUUAUGACAUGGCUUUUAAGGUUUUGCAAUUAGAGCAUAAGGUAAUGACAUUGAAAGGCGGUUUGAUCGAUCCUGAACUUGAAGUGAAAAAUAAAGACUAUCUGAAAGAAUUAGAAGAACAACAUAACAAGUUAGUUAAAGUCCUUCAAGCGACUCAGAUGCAAAACAAAAAACUUGAUAAUGAUAUGCGAAAAUUAACUGUAAUUUAUAAUAACGAUACCGCCGAAUUGGAUAAAAUAAAUUUCAAAAUCAAGGAGGCCCAAGUCUAUUGCGAGGGCAGUUUAAAACUUCUCAAGGAUAUCACGCGUCGCAAUCAAGGUUACAUUGUCGAUUUAAGCAUAUUCAAAAUGCGCACCAAUGAAUUCGAAAUUGAAAUAAAUCAUUGCGAUGAUAAUACGUAUAAUCUAUCUAAGCAUCGUAUGCAUUUGAAUCGCACCAUUAACGAUCGCAUCGUGGAAAUUAAAAGUCAAAUUGAUUUGCUUAAAUUAAAACGCAAGCAUUUAAACGAAGAGUUAAGCACUUUACGUGCAGAUAUCGGCGAGAGGACUAAGCAUCUAGAAGCGGUAAAAGCUCGAUUUGAAUUAACUUCGAAAUUGUUGGGUGUCAAUUCGGAUGGUACAUUAAUAACUGCUACGCAGUUAAGAGUGGAAACUGCCCAAGAGAAGCAAAUGCUUCUGGAUGAAGGUAAUGUCCUUAACGAAAAUGUUUUAAAAGCUGAAGAAGAGAUAAAGGCAUUAGGCAAUACUUUGGCCUUAUUUAAUAAUGCCAACGAUGACUUUCGCAAAGAUGUACGCACACAUCCCGGUGGCGAAGAGGCGAAUAACGAGUUCAAAGAAAUGCGUAAGAAUUAUUGCGCUACUUUGCAAAAAGUAAAAAUUUUACAGCGAAAAUACAUUAAAUUGCAUAACUAUAACGAAAUCUCUUCAAAAGAAAAAAACGGAUUGGAGAAAACCCUAGAAAUGGAACAUAAUAAGAGAAUGGAAAAUAUUGAUUUUUUAACGCGAUUGCGAAAAGAGCUGGAUGAACAAAAGAUAAAAAUGCAUCGAGCAGAUCACGAACUAAAGCAGGCCCUAAAAGCUAUUAAACAACAGAAUAUUAGCAAUGAGUUACUCGAACUAUAUGAACAUGAUAUUGAUUUGAAAGAAUUGGAAAAACGCAAUAUGAACGUUUUGAAUCAAUUAGGCGAUAUCGCUGAUAAUGAUUAUGAAUUGGGUCCCAAAAUAGCGCGCGCAAUCGCUGAUCGCGGUAUGAAGUUACCGCAUUUAUUACAUAAAACUCGUAGUGGCAUAUCCUGGCGCAGUGAUAUUUCUGGAUGUGAUGGUUUAUCGUUAUCCUCUAAGAUUGUCGAUUUACCUGAUACUUCGCGUUCGUCCAUGUCGGAAGAAUCUCAAAUGAAAUCUUCAACUUCUGCUAAAUUAAGUGUAGUAUCGUUGGAUUUCCCCGGCGAGAAGUGAAAUUUAUU